AUGAAGCGGAUUUCGUUAACUGAGUUUCUGGGCACGAGAACGGUACAAAAUUUCUCAUCAAUCCGUGAAACAGAGGUUUCGAGUCUAGUAGACUCUAUCCACAGCUCAUCUCAAAACGAUAAAAACACAAUCAACAUCAGCAAGUCGAUGCGGGAGGCUGCGCAGGUUGCCGGAGGAUUCGACUUGCUCGAUUUCUACCCUUCUCUGGAGUUCUUAAACGGGGCUAGCGGGCUGAAAUUAAAGACGGCCCAAAACAGAGCAUCAAUGUAUGGUUGUGGGAGUGGCAGCAGCGGCGGUCGGAAUCCUGUUGUUGGUUGGCUGCACAAGGAGCACAAGCGAUGGAUGAGGAUGGGGGAUUGGGUUGAGAUGGGAUGGAGAUGGCGGGGAGCAGAAUCCGUCGGAAGCUGCGACAGGUAG